UGAGACGCAAUAAGUAAAAAACGGUACGCGUUCCAUCAUCAUCAUUCCGGUCGGCUAUUUUCAACAGCAAGUUUUCGGCAAAUUUGCACGAUGCAAAAUGACUUCAGCCCUGGCGGGUUUGUGCGUUUUGUUACAAAGUUUCGGCUGCUAAUGUGCGAGUAAGUUUGCAAAGCCAGCAAAUGCAGUAAUGUUACACAUUUGCGGUGGUAAAAGAAUCGACCAUACAGUGCAUUGGCGCUGCUGUGGCAGCAAAGGUGUGAGUUCCGGGAAGUUAGCAUUCUAGGCGAAGGAAAAGAAUCUUUGGACUGGUUGCUGGAUGAUUUUGCAGUGUUUUGUAGUCAACCAAAUGGCCAACGGACACAAGUAAUUGCGUGCGCUAAGAUGAAUAGAAGGGGAGGGCCCCGCCAUGUUUUGGGUUGGGUACGAGUUGUGUGGAAAAGGCCAGUGGUGUGCGGUACCUAGCGGAAGAAGUGAGACAAAGUGGAUUUUGCAACCACCAAAGGUCAGUGUAUCGUUCUCAUUUCCAUACCCACAAUUUCCUCCGCUUUCCGUGUGCGAGUGCGUCAACACACCCCGUGUUUUUUUAGUGCCAAUCUGUUAUCGACCAAAAGUAGCGGAAAAGUAAUGCAAAGAAAGAAAAAAAAAACCGAAACACGGUCCAUUCCCUGUUUUGUUUGGCUUGCUGUUUUAUUGUGCCUGUGUAUGUGUGUGUGGUAUUGUGUAUGACCGUCAAUGUGAACUACGCACGGUUGAUGAAGAUCGCGUUGAGCCCCUUAGUGUAAAAAGAGAGAGAGAGUACAGUGACAAAAAUAAUGCGUGCAAGGUGGUUUUCACAUGCGAACAAAUGCGCAACAUCGGGGGUCGUCAGAUCCAGCAUUUGCAAUUAUGCCCCUAGCGCGAUCAUUGCUUGCGGUGGAGCGUUACAAAGCGUACCCGGUUUCCGAUUCGUUUCAGGAACGCAUUUUUGAUACCUUUGUGGCCAGUUAAGAGUAAAAUAAACACGUGAUCUACUGUUAAUAUGUUACAUCUGUACAAGUAUAAAAAGUAUUCACUGCAAUCAACUAAAACAAAUCCGUUUGUGUACCUUUUUUUAACGUUCACGAAAGUGUUAAUUGUGCGGAGUUUUCCUACAGUCACGCCUGCUACUUUUGUGUGUUCGUGUGUGAGUGAAGAUUCGGUACGGCAUUAAGGAACAAUCGAAUUUGCACAUAUCAUCUAGUAUGUUAUGUUUUAUGCUGUUACAGCCUAUAAUGUUUUUGCUUUAGCAUAACAUCCACAAAAAAUGCGAAUGCGGGAAGAAGCGUUUGAUCUUCUUUUUGUUGUUGUUUAAACAAUAAUCCCCGUCGUUGUUGUUUGCCUGCUCCUGCGCCCAUCAUUCGCGUUGCUUGCUCGCGCUCCUUUCGUUGGUUUUUGUUGUCUUUCUCCCUGAUGACGCUCUCGCUCUCGCGGUGCGCUCUCCAUCUCUGUUUGGAUCUCUCGCUUCACAUUUCGCUCUUGUUUUCGGUGUGCGCGCGCUAUACGUUACGCAUCCGUUUCGAUAUGUUUUAGUUAUUCUUGCCUCGCAUUCCGUGUGUGCCGUACACAUCUGUGCCAGUGUUGAUUUUGGCUCGUGUAUCGCUCUAUCCGCUCUGACCGGCUUAAAGGUGCAGCAGCAGGCGGAACGCUGACCGGUAAAAGAAAGGAUGUAAAAAAUAUCAACGCGAUAAACUCAGUGUAGAGUCGCAGUCGAAUUAAGUAAACACGCGAACACGUUUAUAGCAAACGGUUGCAGUUAGUUUAGUGCUGUCAAAUUUGACAGAUAGUGUGCGUGAAAGUGUUUUUAGUUUAUCCUGUUUCUUCGUACAGUUUGUUUUUCCCCUCUUUACAAACAAAUUGUUACUAUUUUUUACGUGUCCACGCGGGUUUAGCAAAGUGUUCUUCCAUUCCGAAGAGAAAACGCAUCGUAGCAAAGUAUUAUUAAGCCGUGAAUAAAGCUUGUUGUCGGCUGCACAGGGGUCGUAUUUGGCACGGGAAUAUUACCAUUGUUUGCACGCAAAACCAGUUAUGCAUGCGUAGGUGGUUCCCGUGGCCACACGAGAAGGCCGCGAGAAUAAAUACACGUUUUCACACACACACACACACACGCACACACGCAUGGACCAGGGCACUGGCCCUCCGUUCGUUGCUAAGUGCUGGUGUGUGAUGUGAUGCAUCAUCAUCAGUUGCGCGUAUGCAUCAAUCCCUGGUCUAGUGUGAUGCAUGCGGCCCAUUGUGGGAAUGGCAAUGUUGAUCGUAGUGGUGAAGGCGAUUGACCGGAAAACAUGCAAAAACACAUCAGAUAUGAUCGUCGUAGGUCCGGAUCGCUGACUUGUUUAUAGUUGCAGCAGGAACAAAAACAACAAACAAAACAGCACAAGAUCGGCGAUACCACCACCAAACCCGCAUCAAUCAAUAAGCGACAGCACGGGCAGUGUGAAGGGAAAAAUAAAAGGAUACAUCGAUAGCAGCGCCAAGGAGUUUUAGUGUGGUGGUGUGAAACGUUUAAUACGAACAACAACAGCAGCAACAACCACAUGCGGUUAUAAUUGGCGUCAACUGCCGUUACGAAAUUACAUACCCACAAAUGGUGAAGGAUUUUUUAUGGCGCUGCUCUCAUUUCGACUUAGCAUUGUGUUUACAAUAGGAUUACUGUUGCUGAAUGGAUUCGCUUCCGAUACAUCCGUGCUGGCAUUUGUUAACGAAGAAGGUCCGGAGCGGCUGCGGCUAAUAGCCGCUCCACCGUCACACGUCAUCCUGACGGGGAGUCGCAAUGCUCCAGUGUAUCUGCCAUGCCAGGCAGAGCUUGGACCAGAAACGUCCGACGACAUACCGAACAGUAGUUACGGGGAUGAAUAUUUAGACGGACACAACGAGGAAGACGAUGAAGAGGAGGAAGAUGACGAGGGUUAUGAUGAAGAUAUGGACGAGAUGGAGGAUGAUUUUCUUCCGCACACCUCCACGCUGCUAACCGGCAACGAUCUGUCGAACGAUCAGCAGCACUUGCAGCAAGGUUUGGAGCAGCAGCAGCAGCCUCAGCAUUACGCCCGUCAGUACAAAGACUAUGAAACUGAGGACGAUGAUGAGCGUCGGCGAAGGCGUCGUCGUCGCAGAUACGUGCACACACAAAGACGUGGUCUCUCCGGAGGCGAAUAUUACGGGUCGCCCAACAUGUUCGAGUAUGUUUGGUAUCGCAACGGGUUGGAAUUUCUUACCACGUCCUUCCAGAACCAGAACCAGCAUCAAACGCAUAAAGGAUUUCGGCUGUUUGAAAAUGGCACGCUGCGUAUACCAUACAACCGUCAAAAUGGCAACAUGGCGGCGGGUGUGUAUCGGUGUAUGGCAACGCUCGUAAACCAUCAGCAACGCUAUCAGGGUUCGGUCCUAUCCACCGAAUGUACCGUUUCGAUAGCAUAUCUCGAACGGGACAAUCGGAUCAAUUUCCCCAAUUAUACGAUCAUAGUACGCGCGAAUGAACCAACCGUCCUUCCCUGUCCCUUUCAAAGUUAUCCAACGGCAAACAUUACAUGGUCGGUGAAUAAAACCGUGCUGCAACUGCAGGCAAAUUUGGGUAGCUCGAAAGAAAACAGAUUUUUCCUAUUGCAAAAUGGUAGCCUCCUUAUCAGUGAUGUUCAACCGAUGGACAGUGGGCGAUAUCGUUGCAAUGCGACAAAUAACUUUGUCACCAAAAACGUACGCAGCACUAGUGUGAAUCUUGCCGUGAUUAGUACACCCCAAAGUAGCCUUAUGAUGGUGGCAAAGAAACGACUUUUGCCACCACUUCAACCUCUGCACAUGUCCGUUCGAGCUGGGGAAACGCUUCGGCUGCACUGCGCUUGUUAUGCGUGCAAGCCCCAGUGGACGUUCACGCCACGCAAUAGCGAUAUGCCCAUUCGUCUCGAUAACUACACCCAUCAGGUUGUGUUCGUGAACGUUUCCGUCGCACGGCACGAAGGAAGAUUCAUCUGCCGAACGCCAGACGGAACGGAUCGUCAAAUAUUCAACGUGACCGUGUUGGUACCGCCGACGAUCGUUAGCAGAAUUGCCUCGUACACUUCAUCGGUAGUUGCGUCGAUGGCGUUUAACUGCACUGUCGCCGGUAAUCCAACGCCGACCGUAAUCUGGUACAAGAAUGGACGCGAGCUUACCAGCAAUUACAUCGUACAUUACAACUAUCCGAUGCUGCACAUCAACACACUAGACCCGGAGGACGAAGGUCUGUACCAGUGUAUGGCGCGGAAUGCAGCCGGCGAAAUUUCCGCCUCGUCUUAUCUGACGAUUCGCGACAAGCAGAAAUAUCGGCACAAGGCAAAGCGACUAGAAGGAAUCCGUUGCUACCCGGCAGAUACGACCAGCUUGUACUUAACGUUUACCGUACCACCGCAUGCCAGUGCCAACAUUGAGUACGUGAUGUACUAUCUGGCAAGUGAUGAUCCGUUCCGGUGGUACAGUUCUCCACCAACACACUUGGCAGCUAACGGCAGUUUGCGGAUCAGUGGAAAGAUGGUCGAACCAUUUCGCAACUAUACCGUAUUUUUGCGUGCUUGCUCGGUUAGCGAUAUAUCCGGUGCGGAAAACAUUCGUGGCAGUGGUACGCAAGGCAUGCAGAAAGUCAUCCCGUCCAGGUUGUCCAGGGGAGUCCGGUGUGCAUCACAAGGAUAUCCUAUUCUCUCGACGUUUUUCCCGAAUAAUGGAAUUUUCAUCUGGUGGCCCAAGUAUGAUUUGGUACAACCGGCUGCCUUCACGAUACAGCUUCGACAUGGUGGAAACAGUAAUCUGACCACCUUUACCAAUCAAAUCAUCGGUACAGUCGAUCCGUUAGAUGACUAUAUGUCGCACGAAGAGGUUGGACCACUGCUCGGGAAGAUAGAUGCAGAAACGAAAGAACUUCAGGAUUGGCUAUGGAACGAGUACGACGUGGCGGAUGGAAGUGGUGGUGGUAAAAGUAUGGAAAAUCGGCAACAUCAGCGUCGUCGGCGUCGGCGUCAAAGCCACAGAGAAAAUCGACGCAAUCGGCAUGCAUUCGAUCUAUCGAAGGAUCGGAAACAAAUGCUCGAUUCUCUCGCUACUAGCGGAGCAAUGGAUGUGGAUGUAUCGAUUCCGAUGAAUGCAGCACACAUACGAUCCAAUGCGUCCAGCCUGGAAGCGGUAGUAGCAGCGGCCAAACUUUCUGCUGCCGCACUAGGCAGCUCGAUUGAUGAUGCUCAAAUACGGAAAACUCAUCAACAGAUCACGGUAACACAGGUGAAGGUUGCGGGUAAUGUGACCGGUAUUCUUCUUCCAAACAUACGCAGUGUGAUGGUACGUGUGUUGGGCUCAGUAGCCCCAAACGGUGAACCAAUGGUACAGGAUUUGCGUUAUGUUGAGUGGAAAGCGAUUGAUACCGAUGCACCGAGAACCGAUGCGGUAAAUAGAUUUCAGGCAAGUCACAUCGAUGCCAGAAGUGUACAAUUUACGUGGAGUCGUUUCGUUGCAACAAAGACGAUAAACCGGUGCUUACAGCUGUGCUAUAAAAAUGUAAACUAUGACGUUACAAUGCGGGGAGGAUCAAGCCGUUUCGAUUGUCAAAAGAUUCCGAAGGAUGCGUCUUACUAUAAUGUGAAGGAUUUGGUUCCGGUUACUAUGUAUAAAGCUUUUCUAAAACCCUGCGAAUCGAAUGAGGCACUCAGCGAUAUUUUGGAUUUUCAAACAAAGCACGAUGUUCCCGGACCGGUAACGAAUCACGAGCUUCAUCGUAAGGGUGGAACCAUUAGCAUAACUUGGGGCCCUCCCGAAAAUCGCAAUGGUAUACUGCAGGGCUAUCUGGUGGAAUGGAUAAACGAGGAUAGUGUGCAACAUUCGGCUAAUCUUUCAGCCGAUGCCGUAAGCUUCACGUUUCCCAAUGUAACAUCCGAUGAACGCAUCAAUAUAUCGCUCCGUGCACUCAGUAGCUCCGGGCUAGGCAUACCGAUAUACUUGAAUUUGAAAAAUUACGAGCCUAUUAUUGAUGGUGUGGAUGGGAAAGGUUCCGGCAGUCCCACAGGAUAUAGUGAUCGGUGGUUGCUCCAGCUCUACUUGAUAGUGCUUGUGCUGUUAUUGUUCGUUGUCAUGGGAGUGUUUUGCUAUUUAGUAUUUCGGCGGAAAGCAUGCAAAAAAGCGGCUAAUAGUUCGGGGGCGCCACUUAACAAUCGUGCCCCAUUGGCUGCCGGUAACGAUGCACGGCACCAUCUUACGAUCGAUGCAUCUGCCAUGCAAAUGAUGGGUAUGGUAUCCGGAUGUAAUAACGAUAUGCAUGAAAUGCAAACUCUAAUUCGCUCAAGCAACAACUAUCCAAAUGCAAACGGAGGAUUAAUGGCUAAUGGACUGCCAAUUAGCAGUUGCGUUCAAUCAUUGCCAGAAACGAACCCGGGCCCAGGAGCUGCAAUGAUGCCCAGACAUAGACUACAAGCUAUAAAAUGUUUUGAUGCAGGAACAACAAAUGCAUUGCUGGACGAAACAGCUCCCAGCCAGGCAAAUGUGGCGCGUGGAUGUACAGCUAUUACUUCCUACAAGGAGCUAUUGGGUAAAGAUCGGAUGGAAGGCGCAGAAAGAUUUGUUGCUACUGUCCCUAACAUAAACCCACGUGGUCAGUUUGAAGUAGAUAAUAGUGUUGCUUCUGAUACGAAUGACAGCGCUUCUCUAAAUAGAGACAUUCGUCGUUCAUCGGUUAAACAAGAGCAGAGUACAAUAACAAAUGGUUCGAAAACAUCGUCAAACUAUAGUGACAGGAUCUCGCAAGCAACUCUCACUCGCGGUAACAGCGAGGAUAAGCAGUCACCAUCCAUGUCCAAAGUUUCCUGCGCUGUCCUGCCAUCGUCAUCGUCCUCGUGUUCAUCCACACCGUCAUCAUUAUCGCCCGCUUCCUCACAAUGCGUACUAAAGAUGCGAACCCCAUUAGAAUUCGAUAGUAGCCAACGUAGAUUAUUAGAGACUACUUUAGAUAGUAACACAAGCACCAUUAAUGUAGAAGAAACGACGCAACAGCAGUUAGAUAUACCAGCAGCAGCAGCACAACCACCACCACCACCACCACCACCACACCCAGUAGAAAUUUAUAAUUACGAUUAUGCAACGAACUGUGAUGAUGAAAGAGAAGAUGAAAGAGACCACAGCCGACAACUGCUGCUUGUGCAGGAGUGCCGAGAGGUGCCUGAAAAUACAACGAGUCCGUUGGUGGGUUCGAUGUCAACAGACCAAACCACCGGCGGGUUUCCUACUGUAAAUGAGCAGGAGAAGCAUAGCAAGUGUACUACUCGGCGCCAGCAGUUGAAACCUCAUAAUGAAGCGAAUCUUAACUAUCACCACUUAGAAAGGUCUACGGUGGACGCGCCACGUCCCGAACAGGGUGGUGCGUACGUGACGAGCAACGGUGUGGAAUUGUCGCUGACGAAGAAUCCACACAGUUGCAACCUUAAGAGUGAUAAGGAGGACGACGGCGAUGAUGACGAUGAUGAUGAGCUGGAUAACUCAUCAUCGCUACUGAACACAAGCAGCCUCAGUACAAAGCCCCUGCAUCAACAGAACCACACUUCUAGCUGGAACUUUCGGCGUCCGAUCAUCGGUCCGAACGGCUAGGCUCAACGCGAAAGGAAACCAAUGAAUCGGGUGUAUAGUGUCGGAAGUGAAUGGCCGAUCAGCACAUUACCGAUCUGUGGAAGGUAAUGACCUUCCGCUGCCUCUCAGGUACAUUCGUUUUAUGUUGUAGUUUUUGAGAUGCCGUUUUAGUGUUUGUUUUUCGUUGUUAAGAAUACCAAACUACCGUGCAACAACGCGGCACCUAGUAAUCAUCAGACGGUGCGACAACAAAACAAAAAACAAAAAUCCUGAAAAGAUGUUAAGCAAGAGAACAAUUUGAUUGUUAAAGAAGCUAACGCAAACAACAGCGCAUUGUCAGCGAUGUGCACCGCGUACUAGUAAGUACCUCACGAAUGUGGUGGUACUCGGAAUGAUGUCGUUCGUCAUUUUACAGUAUCAGCGUGCGCUGGAAUGGAAGGUCCUGUGUGUAGCGUAGUAAUUAUAGAACGAAGCAGAGGCUUCAUCGUAAUUUUCGAUGAUUAAUUUAAGUGAUAUUUUUAGUUUGAUGUUAUGACGAGUCUUCUAUAUUUUGAAUGCUUUUCCCCCUUCUUCUUAUGCUAAUGAUCUUUUAUGUAUGUAAUAUUUUUUCUAAGCUCACCCAAUAAUGAUGCCCACUGUUAGUUCGAUUGUUUUGCAAAAGGUGAACAGUUCCCGCCACGUACGUACCAGCACGUGGAUAUCAUAUAUGUUUCCUAUUAAUGAAACGAUUUGCAUUUAAUCAUAACCUAAUGAGUACACUCACAAUCCCACAUACCUGUUGCAAAUGCUUGCAGUUGAAUAGUAUAUGAUGCUCCGGUGCAUUUGUGUAUGUUGUUACAUUUGUUUUACACGAUGUACAUUUUGAUUGUCUUUGUCGAGCGCUCUUUUAUGUUACAAACUUUGCCUACAGCCACCAACAUAUUUAAAUAGUUUGCAACAUCUCUCGCAACAAGAAAAACAAACAAACAAAAACUCUUUCUAAUGGAAAAAACUGUACGGUAAAGUAGCAAGGCUCUCCCAUCAGUGUGAUCUACAGUAUUGUUUAUUUAUGAAAACUCGCAUUUUGUUUUAUCGAUAUAUUCCCCAUGACUGUGACUAUAUGUUUGCUAUUAUAAGCCAUUUGAAGCACGCUCUCUGUGUUAAUGAAUUGUGUAUGAUAGCAGGAAAUCUUUUCUUGCAAUUUUCGUGCAAAUUCCGUUUAUGAAAAAAACAAACAAACAAACAAACAAAAAUUUCCAUAAAAAAACGAAGUGAAGAAGUACAUACAGUUGGAACGAAAUGGAUCCGGUAACCAGGAUACUCACAGCAAACUAAAUGUUUUACUUUGUUGCCAAAUAACGUUACAAUAACUCGAUGUACUCGAAACAAUGAAUGUUGAAUUACUUACAUUUAUACAAGCAGCUAGUGGUUGCAGCAUUCUUCAGUGAAGAAAUGUAACAUACCCCGUAAGCAAUCGAACCGAAACGAUAGCUGAACGAUGUAAUCGGAAAGCGUCUGAUGUAAUUUUAAUGGUCUAAUUUUAUACACCUGUGUAAUAAUCUCAUCGUCCCACCAAAGAACAAACACACGCUAGCGGUAUGAAAAUGUAUAUGCACUAAUAUAUAUGCCAAUAUUUAGAUUCAUAUAUAGAUUCGCACCCUGACCUUAACCUCUAAUUCUCUGCAGCUAAACACACUACAUGUACUUCUUCAUCUUCAACUUAGUUUUUUUGUUGUUGUUGUUGUUGCCGCGGUAUUAAACUGGGAAUUGGGUGAGCAAAGUUUAAUUUUAAAAGAUGUUUAUAUUACGUACGUGUUCUAUCUUAUGAUAUUUAUUUAUGCUAACGUACGAUUUACAAUUUAUAACACAAAACACAAUGGUUCUAGAUGUGCCGUUAUAUCAUUUUUUUUCCUCACUUUAUGUUUAUGUUGUUUUCCUAGGGUUUUUGUUUCCUUUAGUUUUGUAUUGAAAAGGAAAACUUAAUUGUUGACUUGAACUCAAAAUUUCAUUAUACACACAAACCAAUCCUCACAUCCAAAUCCUCACCCUACUCAUCCUCUUUCCCAACCUUUUUGGGCCAAGCAAGCAAAAAACACACAACGUAUGCCAAUGCAAGAACAAACAGAACAGUUACAUUGACCGACGAUAUAAUGAAAUAAGAAUAAUCUGGGUACCUGACUUAUAAAUAGUAGUAAGUAAGUACAUAACCCUAGCGAUACAUAAUGUAAACAUUGGAAAACUCUAUAUUAUACUAGCAUACGAGCAAAUAAGAAAGUAAUGAUGAAUAACAAAAUCGUAAACAACAAACAGUGCUACUCGCGUGAGUGUGUGUAGCAAAUGCGUAAACGUACACCACAAUACGAUAUACUAGAUUUGGACAAUGCAUACUAGUAAAGAAGGGCAGAGCAUAGUACACGCAUAGCAACGCGAUAGUUGGCGUUCUUUGAUGUUGCUAACGACGUUGACGAUUCGAUUCGUUUGUCUGUGUUUGGUUCUGUUUUCCACGCUGAUUACAUUGUUUCUUUCAAGCUCAUUGGUUGGUAUUGAAUGAAAAACGAAUUAAUCGCGACAAAACCAUUAAAAGCCAAUCAUUUAUCCUUUUCUCACUGUCCACAUAGGGUAAAGCGUGCGAUCCUUUAUUUGAUCUUCCUUCCAUUUUUCGAUGGUAUACAUCAUACAGAUCGUAGCAGAUCGUGUUACGCCGAACAGGAAGGAAGGGAGUGUUGAUGUAUCAUGCUGUAUAUUAAAGAUAGAAAGUGCGUUAGAGCAUGAGAGAGAGAGAGAGAGAGAAAAAGCAACAAAUAAGAAAGAGCUACAACACAUGCCACUGAUACCUGUUUGUUAUAGAGCGAACUUACAACACUUAUACUUAUUGCUUAGUAUCUUUUUUGUUCGUAUUCUGUUUAAACAAAAAAAAAUCUUACCUGGCUGUACGUGCGUAAAAUUGGGAAUAGACCGUUAGACAGGGAAAAUUUUGUGCUCAUCAUAUGGAUGGAUGGAAACAAUGGAGGAGAGAUUUGCAAAAAUCAUAAAAACACACUCGUAAUUUACUAGAGCUAACACCGGGCCAUAAACGGAGGAGUUUUUUGUUGUUAUUUUUAGAGUUUAAGAUGCAAACAAAACUAUGAGUUGCUUACAAAAAGAAGGAGACAUGUUCUAUACAAACAGUUGUGUGCUUUUGACAGUAUCAUAUCUAUUUAAACGAAAAACGAAACAGUUCAACUGCUUGCUAUUGGCUUACAGUUGUUGUGCAUCAUAAUCAGGUCGGUGCUGUUUCGGAGCGAAUCCAUGAAAUUAUUGAUACGUUUUCGUCAUAUUUAUUUUACUCUCUAUCUACUGUUAAGAUAGUUUAGUUGAAAAACAUGACGUUUUGCAUGCAGUACGUUGCCAAAAUCGCGCUCCGCAAUUCUUUUCUUUCUGUGCGAGUCGAUUAACGCAACAGAAGCUUAUCUCAAUACAUAUACGACACCUCUAUAUUUCCGUUAAUGUUGCACACUUUCACAAACUCCAAAGUUACCAUUUUUUACUCUGCUCUGCAUCUAAGCGCCGCGGCCUAUAAAAUACAUCCGGGAUCCGUUUUGUUGUAGCCGUGUAGCAUAAAGCAUGUGUGCGAACUAAUGUUUUGUUUAAAUGUAUUAUUAUUUAUUUUUAACUGUCGAGUGACACGAGUCCCAAUCCUAAAAAAAAGCAAUAGACUAUUGUGUCUGCCUCCAGGCACGAAAGUAAUAGAGCGUAUAACAACAUGUACCAAAAAGAAAAAAAAACAGAAAAGAAAACCCGAGCAAACACAUUACACAUUAACAUACUCAUUAACAAUGAGCCUAAAACGGAAAAAUGAUAAACGAAACAACACAAAGACGUUGUACCGCCAAUACACAAAAACUGUUAAACAUAGCACAUAUCUAAAACGCAAAAUUAGGAACCGUGGAACGUGACAACAAGACUGUUGAAAGUAAUAGAUGCACAUUCUUGCAGUUGCAGUACAUACGGGAAGGGAGGUUCAAGAAUCGAAGAAAAUACUAUUAUUACCUGAACAGAGUAUACAAAGGAUUGUGACAAAAAGGAAAAACCAGAGAUACAAACACACAGAGACGGAGAGAGAGAGAGAGAGAAAGAAGAAAAAGUUACAGUUACAGGAAUUCUUGAAACAAGGAAAGUAAUGAUGUUAGGAAAGCGACGAUGGGAUAAGAUAGAUGUACCUUUUCCCUUUUUUGUUUUGUUUUGUAAUGCGCUAAUGCGAAUAGUUCCUACACAGGUUUAUUCGUAUACAACACCCCACAUAUAAUGCUCCGGCAAAAAAAACCAAACCAAACGGUAACACAACACAUUCCAUUUUGAUUGUUUUUGUUUUGUUUGCAAUUGUUUUUGGUAUUAACAAAACAAAACCCUCAAGCACACAUCUUCCGCUUAGUCUCGUACGGUAGUAAUCGGAUACAUUUAAAUAACGGCAUCAAUAAUUCACAAUUGUACUAGCAGAAAGAGAGAGAGAGAGAGAGAGAGAUCGAUUAAUAAGUAAUAUGCAGUGCAGAGGCAUACGUUUCGAAAAGUCGUUUUUUUGCCAAUAGACUUUGAUUUACCAUCAUAUACGUUUGCGCCCCGUACCGAUGUUUGUGUGUGCUCUAGCGAUUCCGUUUUGGUUCAAGCGACACGUAUUAAACAAAAGAAAACCGAAAACACAAGGAAGCGUAAUAAUGUAAUAAUAAUACUUGUUAUCUACCUCACAUCAAUGACAAAAUCAAGAAUUUUGUUCGUAAACUUAUUUUUAAGUUUUAAAUUUAUUAAUGAUUAAUUAUGUGAACAUGUGAAUUGAGAAUUCAAACAAUCUCGAAGGAAUAAAUUAGAUUAGAGUAACCGUAAAACUA